AUGGACGAGAGCCGAGAAAGAUAUGAGGCUGAGAUGACAAAAAAGCUAGAUGCAUUCAAGACUGCCAAGGAAUGGUCCGAUUUUAUUUCGUUGCUAAGCUCAUUGGACAGCACUAUUAAAAAGUUCUCAAUAUCUGAGAUCCCAAAGAAAAAGCUUUUGUUCAAAAGAUUGAACCAGUGCCUGAACCCUGUUCUUCCUGCAGGAAUACACAACAAGACUUUGGAGACGUAUUCCUUGGUGUUUGAAAGAAUUUCCAAAGAGAACCUUCUUAAGGAAUUUGAUUUUCUGACAUUAGGACUCUUUACUUUUUCAGCACACUGCAGAAUUCUUGUAAUCAACUCCUUUCUGGAUCUUAUAGAAAGAUACAUUGUUCCAUUGGGAAAGGAUGUGGAGAUGUAUUGUACAAGUAUACUUAUUGGGCUUCUUCCUCCUAUGGAAUUUGAAUCUGGAGAACAUUAUGGGCGAGCACGUCUCAUAAUAACCGAAUUCAAGUCUUUGGUCUCACCUGUAGUGUUCUAUUCUUCUAUGUGGAGCAUUCUUCUUAAUGAUGAAAGGCUUAGAACAUCUGUUGUGAACUUCACGUUAAGUAUGAGCUGGGAGGAAUCGAUGGUGGUAAAUACAAAGCUUGUAACAAGGGCAUUAUGUGAAGGGCUUGGAAGCGAAUCGACGCUAGUAGUGAGGAACUGCUUAGACCUUUUGAUAUUUAUAUUUCCUGAUAAGAGUCAUGUCUGCUACGAAGAUAUACUAGAUAAUCUUAUUGAAGCUGUGAUCAAGCUGUUUGUGAAGAGAGACCUCUCGCUUAACAAGAGGAUAUAUGGAUGGCUGUGCAUGACAGAUAGUUUCAAUGAGACAGAUGUGGUUUUUCUGAGCAGAGUACUUAAAAGGUUUCUGGACAGAAGCAGUGCUGAGGAUAUCCAACUCUUCUUCAGAAUUAUGAUGACAUUACAGGAUAAAGGAAAGCUUUGUGAGAAGAUUAUGGAGAACCUUCUUUUCAAUGUUCUGGGCUGCCUUCAAAAGCAUGAGAAAAAUAGUGCGAAGGAAAUUAUGCAACAGGACGCAUUUGAAGAAAGUCUAGGAGAAAGUAUUGAUAUCGAGAAGAUUGCAAAAGCAUUUUUGACUACAGACCUGGACUCUAUCUGGAAAAUAUUCUAUCUCCGGCUGAGGAAUGUCCUCAAUCAUGCCAAGGAAAAGAUGCUGCUGGAUAUCAAUCUAAUUGACGAUGAAGAGUUCAAUGACAGCAUGGUAAGGGAGGAAAUGUAUAGUAUGCAUUCGAUGUCAUUGAUCCUUAACGAAGGCCAGGAAUCCUUAAUAAGAAGCGAGAGUGUUAGUAGUUCUGAAGAUGGCAGUUCUAUCGAAAGGACUUGUCUUCCUGAGGAGGGAGGCUCUCAUGGAGAUAGAAGCCCUUCAAGGGGAUGCUUGAUGGUAAAAGCAUUGGAAGAUGAAAAUUCCGGAAAUGCAAAAGAUGUCAACAAUCCCACACAAGUUCUUGACUUCAUAAGGUUCGCUAUGGAAAAUUACUCUGUGGUGGAUCCCGAAGUUUUUCAGUAUCAUCUUCCAUUUCUAGUUCAUUUGGUUCUUUCUGAUUUUCUACUAUUUGAUUCUCAGAUUCUUUUUUCUUUUCUAGACUUUAGUGUAAAGGUGAUGAAGUUCAAAGAAAAGCAGGUUGAGGGAGGAAAGAACUUGCAGAGGCUUAUAGGGAACUUUUAUCUGGAGGAAGAUACUAGUGUACUAGAUGACAUCUCGUCAACGAUGUUGUACAGUAUUUCUGAUAAGAUUGGAAGAGUUAUUGAAAGUGAUAUAGGGCUGUCUCUUCCUUUAAUGGUUACUUUCAUCAAGAUUUAUGGUGUAGAUGCUCUUCCUAACGGUUUUAUACAGAAUUACCACAGUCUUGUGCUGAGAUCCUCCAACAGGCUCAUAAAGGAGCACCUUGAGGUAUACAAAACAAUAGAUUGUACCCAGCUUGAUGCAACUGCCAUGUUUGAUGUGCUAUGGAGAAGAUUUUGCCAUGUAGAGAGAGGUUUGUAUUUGGAGAACUUGAAAGAACCUGACAAAAGUGACGGGAUUCAAAAAAUUCCAAGAAAAAGCACUUAUGACAUGCCUGGAAGGAACUCCACAGACAGGUUCUUUAGUACUAGCAAAGGUCCUGACUGUAGGAUAUUGACUGAGCUUUUAUGGAGAUACAACAUGAUUUUUGAAGGGAGUUUUGAAAGGCUUCUUCUAAAAAUGAUUGGAGAGGAGAAAGUAGAAGAGAUCAGCUACUUCCUUCUUCUCAAGCUUGAAAAUUUCCAAGGAAACUUCGACUUUUUAGAGUUGUACUAUAUCAUUAACUGCAAACUCGAUCCUGGCGAUCCUGUCCUGGAUACGUUUCUCUGUUCUUUGGUUUGCUUUGAUGAUUUGUUCAGGUUCCUCCUGAAGAAAUUGGAGGAUUCAAACAUACAGGUAAAUGAUUCUCUCUUUGCUGAGUCCAUCGAUCUCAACCAGAUAUUCGGCGUAUUCAAAUGCAUUAAGAAUCUCCUGAGGUAUUCCAAGGGAUUCAAGUCUAUGCUUAUAGAUUCUACGGAGAAGUUGUAUUUCAGGGCUCUUCCUCUGGAGGGAGGUGUGCCACCUAAAGAAAUUCUGUAUAGGAUACUUGUGCAUUUACUUGCGAAUAGAAAGGAGUAUGAUGGAAGAGAUGCAGAUCUGGAGAUUAUCAAGGUCCUUGAGGCUCUGGUGGAGAGUGGGGUUUUGGAAAGCAAUGUGAUGAAUACUGUGGAACUUUCCAAAGUCGUAGACGUGGCAAAGGGAAAUAGAAGAGACCCGGCGAUUGUGCUAGGAAUUGCACCGUUAAUCAGACACAGUGGUAAUAGUACAGCAAUCCAAGACUUUUGCAGUAUACUUGACAGCCAAUGCUUUUAUUAUCAUGAAUUCCUAGGAUUUGUUUUUUCAUUAACUGAUAGACUCCAGAGAAAGGUACUUUCAAACGUGCUGUUUUCAUUGGAAAACGAAGACUUUGCACUUAUGAUAGUUUAUGAGACCAUAACCACCAUACUGGCCAAAAGAGGGGCAGAAGGAGAGCUUCCCGGGUUUAUAGACAAGAGCAUGAAGUUUAUUUUUGAGUUUUUUGAAACUCAAUACAUUGAGCUUUCUGAUGAGGGAAGAAGCAAAGCAACUUGCAUAUCUCGAAGAGAUGAACAAAGCGAAAUAUCUGGUACCGGAAAUGGCCUUGAUGGGUGGGAUAGGAAUGAGAGAAAUAGCACAAGAAUCGAUGCUCUGAAGCUAUUAACUGCAAAAAAGUUAUCGGCUCUGUUCUACAAGAAGGUGCCCAUCAGGUUUGUUGAGAUGAUUCUAGGGAACUCUCCAUGUAUCCCAUUUCUAAAGUCCAUUGACUUUAGAGAGCAGCUUUAUGUUUCCAUCAUGAAUCUUUACUCGACCAAUCCUGUAAAGGUCUUUAGAUUUCUAAGUGUACUAAACCAAGUUAUGAGUCCUCAAGAGAUGAUGGGUGUCUUCAAUAGAUCAAAGAAUCUUCUCGAGAAAAUUUCCUCCUACCGAGUUGGGCCCGACUAUUCUCCCUUGAACUUCGUUCUAGACUUUCUCCUAUUUCCUAACUUCAAAGAAGAAAGUCAGCCUCUCAUUCAAACAGCUAUUUUAAAUUCCAUAUACUUUCUACAGAAGAGACUAGAUCUAAAGAUAAGGAACGGUGAAAGGGAAUAUGAGGACGAGAUUAGGUUGCUUGAAAAGAUAACGGAUUUCAAGUUCCAAGGGGUGGUCCUUUCGACAAUUCCAAGCUUGAUUGCUGCCAUUCUUACCUUUACCAACUCUGCCAACCUCGGUCUCAAAAACAUUGGAAUCGACUUUCUUACAAAGCUGAAUGAAAAAGGUGUUAUGGUGAAGUAUUGGAGAAAAGAGUUUGUAGAGAUCUUCCAUACACUCGACUUCUUCACAUAUAGUUUACAUAAGAAGUCAAGUCUUAUGAAGAAAGUUGUGAUUGAAGAUCCCUCUCUUAUCAAUGACCUCAUUGUCAGACUGGACAGCGGAUUCUUUGUUUCACAGGCUUCUGAUGCUAACAACAAGACCUUGGUACUUAAAAGGAUCUCAUACAUCAUAUUCUCUGCACCCUACAAUUAUUUUGCAGGCUUUUCUUUGAAGCUUAUUGAGAAGAUAGCAGCACUGAUAAACUAUCCUUCGUCAAAGGUUAGAAAAGAAGUGUUUUUUCUUUCGAAGAUGCUGAUUCUCAAGAUCUCGCAUGACAAGCUAAUCAAUCUAUACCCCAUUCUUCUUUACGACAUCGGUAUAGUAGUCGAGAGUCCCGACUUCCAAGAUAUGAUGCUUCUUGGAGAGGUGUUGAAGUUGUUGGAUAUUGUGUUUCUGUUGAACACGCCACAGUUUUCCGAGGCCAGGGUUGUGUUUCUUGGCCCAAGGUACAAUGCAUUGAUGGAAAGCAAGGACUCAAAGGAAUGUCAGAAGCCUGGGUUGGAGAGCCUAUGGAGCCUAUUAGAUGCAAGAUACAAGAAGGAGAUACCAAGUAAGAUUAGAAGGCCAAAGAAGAAGACACCAUUUCUGAUAUCUGGAAAGGUAGAUAUCGAUGAGAUACUGGGCUUCACAAAAAAUGCACUGGUCUACUACAACUGGGUUGAUGAAAACUGCUCUGAAAUUGAUUAUGAACAUUUGUUCAAAUUGAUUUUGGAGGAGUUUAAAGAAAUGAUGGAAUAA